AUGCUACCGCAGAGACUGCCUAACCCACCCAAUCUGCCAUUCUCUAUCGUUUCUUUCGUCUUUUCGACAUCGGUCGACUUCAUGUUUUGUCAGAUCACACGACUUGUGAUUCGCAAUUUCACACGCAAAGAUGCUGGCUACUACACCUGCCGGACGCCACACAACACCGAGGCUCCUGGCCGUCUCGAGCUGGUGCUUCGUCCACAACUCUUGGCUGACUACGCGCCCUCCCCACCGAAAAACAAAGAGGGUACCGAAAACGGCGGCAUCAUCACCGGACACCAGAUUUCCGUUGCUCUGGAGGAGGGGACAAAGACACAACUGACCUGUCGCAUCAAUCCACGCCUUGGAUUUCCCAACGUGACACAGGUUGCCAUCACUUGGUACUUUCAAGGCCAGCAUAUCAUCAGUCCUGGCGAGGUGGAGGAGCAUCGUCUCAGAAUGGCCGAACUGAUGGCACAAGAGGCCAGUGGGUUGUCGGAAAGUCCUGUCGAGGCACCGUCUGCCAAUCCGGUCGCCAACACUAGAGGGAUAUUCUCCUCGCCUUUUCAGGAAGAGGCAGAAAAAACCACUCCUUCAGGCGAGAAAUACGUUGAAAAACGAACCUACGAGAAAGGCAACGAUCCUGCCCGUCUGGCACCGAGAGAGUUUGGCGUGGAGAUAAGAGAAAAUAAUCAGGUGAAUUGA